AUGGUUGACACAUAUGCUGUCCUUGAUCCUGGAAGUGACUCAACCCUGAUUAGGAAACACUUAGCUGAACGCUUACAACUUGUUGGCGAGAUAUAUUGCCUUAAUAAUAAUACAGUUGGCAAUGAAGCUACUACUCAGAACUUAGACAGGGUAAGCUUUAGUCUUUCCUCUAAAGAACAGCGAGACCCGGCUAUGGUGCAUGGAGCUUGGGUCAUCAACAAACUCAACAUUCCAUCUUUUAAGUUGUCGAAGAAAAGGACCGUCGAGCAGUGGAAUCACUUAUCUGACGUAGAUCUUCCUGAACUCCAAGGUGGUGACGUGAUGAUUCUCAUUGGAGCUGACAUGGCUCACUUACUGAUUCACCUUGAAGUCCGCCAGGGGCGACGGGAUGAGCCCAUCGCAGUAAAGACCCCUCUUGGAUGGGCGCUGUUUGGAAAUGUGAAUCAAGGACACUGUGAAACGAUUAGUGCAAACUUUCUCGCAUCAGAUAGAGAGACUAUGUUGCAGCAUCAAAUCGAACGAUUUUGGGAGAUCGACUCUUACGCAACCAAGCGAGUUCUCUCUGAGUCCACCUUGUCAGUUGAAGACAAACAAGCGCUGGCCAUCCUUGAAAGCAACACAGUCAAGGAGGAGGGCCACUACAAAACAGCACUGUUAUGGAAAUGUGAACUAGUCUUGCUUAAAAAUUAUGCUAUGGCAGUUUCAAGACCUCAUUCCACUGAGAAGAAACUAAAAAAAACCCAUGCAGAGGUAGCAGAGAAAUAUCAGAAUGUCAUAAACGAUUAUGUCACUAUAGGACACGCCCAAAGGAUGACACAAGAAGAGGCCAAAGUGAUAACCCCAAAAACAUGGUACUUACCACAUCAUGUAGUUGUUAAUCAAAACAAGCCUAGAAAGGUCCGUGUGUUCUUUGACGCCGCAUCAAAAUUUGAUGGUGUUUCCUUGAAUAACAAGCUUCUGAUUGGUCCCGACCUGUUGAACAGUUUGGUAGGGGUCCUUAUGAGAUUUCGAACUGGAAGGAUCGGCGUAAUGGCGGACAUGGAACAAAUGUUUCAUCAAGUGAAAGUUUGUGAAGAAGAUAGAGACUCUUUGCGCUUCUUGUGGAGAGACUUAGAUGAAACGAAGAGACCAAGUGAUUAUAAGAUGACUGUUCACGUGUUUGGCGCUGUGGAUUCACCGUGUUGCGCAAACUAUGCGUUGCAGGGAACUGCUCGUGAUCAGCAACGGAAAUCCACCGAGGAUGCCAUCAACGCUGUUCGACGUAAUUUCUAUAUGAAUGACCUCCUAGCAUCGAAGCAAAACUGUGAUGAAGCCACAGGUCUGGCUAAAGAUUUGAUAGGAAUCCUAGCAACUGGCGGGUUUCGCCUAACGAAGUGGAUGUUAAACAGCCGAGAAGGGCUCACAGCAAUCCCUUUGUCCGAAGUGGCGUGCGACAUUAUUAACUUAGAUCGAAAUGGAUUGCCUCAGGAAAGAGCCUUAGGUGUCAAAUGGUGUGCAUAG